AUGCCAAACCCUUCGUCUUUUAAGCCUUCUACUUCUUCCUGGUAUCCUCAAACCUUUCGUGAUUGGGAUUCGCGGAUAGAAAAGACCGAAUUCUACAGAAAGAGCAUCAAGAAAGCAUUAUCAGACCCAAGCAUCAUGAGUACAUUAACAUCUGAACAAGUUUAUCUCCUCAGAAAUGGAAGGAUGGCGUAUGUAACAGGUAAUGAGAAGGAAGAGUUUAUUUAUGACUUUCUUUACAACUUCCUGUUCGCUACAGAGGGAACAGACAUUGAAUAUAAAUUCUAUGCUUUGGAGAAACGACUUCGAGGCCGAAUAUUGCAAUUUUAUCACGCCCUAGACAAAGAUGAGAGAGCUUUUGGCGUUGAUAUAUGGGAACCCCUGAUGGACGAGUUUGCAUUUGAAAAAGAAAUUCAAAUCGACCACUACUCGGCAUCCCCUUCGUACGUGUAUGGUCAAAUUAUGAUUCGCGACCCUCUACCAUCCCAAGAUGAAGCUUUUAAGGCAUUCCAACUUCUGAAAGAGCACCCGUUGGACAUGAAAAAACCAGUUCUACGCUGUAAUUACUGUGACAAACAGAAUCAUGUCGAAAAGAAUUGUUUUAAAAAGAAACGAGAUCUUCGUUUAGGCUCGAAGAUGAUGCCAGAACUCCAAGAACAACUGCAAAGUGAGAUAUCUCAUUCUGAUUUGAAUGACUCUCCCUCCUUUACAAAUGAAAGUCAUCUGGGAUCAACACCAGGUCGUGAUUCGGAAGGAAUUCUUCCAUCAACGGAUACUGCUGAGGAUAAUUGGAUUGAACUCUUGCAAUGUUAUCAGGAGUUGCCACAAGAAAAUGGGAAAGAGUUUGAUAUAAAAGACGUUGAGACAACAACUCAAGAGCAAAGUCAGGGGGCAAAAACUUGUGAUUUAGACCAAAAUUUCGAAGGCAAACGUGAAGAUCGUCCAGAGUGGGAGUAUGGAGAUUUCGAAACGUUAUUCGACGAACCAGAAGCCCCGUCAUCGCGUCUGAUAAAAGUGAAUUAUCAGACGGAUUAUUCCUCAGAACUAUCGAAAAGCGUAUUUAUGACAUGGAGUAAGAAGAAAGUCAAAGAAGAUAUUGAUUUUAUGGAUGUUCUAGACGAUUCUCUCUAUCAUCAUUGGAUAAACGAAGACGGUGUUGAAAAGAAAUGUUUCGAAAUUGUGGACAGUCGUCAAAAGGAUGAGUUUCAGAACGAUUUUGAGGACUUGGAAGAAUCGCGAUUUUAUGAAUGGAUGUCAAGCUUUGCGUUCCACGAAAAUGUUCAAUUGUUGGAUAAUAGAACAGAUGAUAAGAGCUCUUCGAACUCAUUUCUGCCGGCCAAAGGUUGUAAAUUCAAAUUUCUUCCAGAAAAUCAGAGUUUGGAUAACAGCUUAGAGGACUUCAACUCAUCUGAAUUAUCGAACUACUCGCGAAUCGAAGGAAAAGGAUGCAAAUUCAAAGGGUUAUGGAAGGAUUUUGAUCACAUAAAGUUCUCAUGUCACGAAAUAAUGAAGUCGGGCGGAAUAGAAAGGAUGGAAAAGACUAUAAAAUCGGAUUUGGGGUCGAUUAUCACCUCAUCUUAUCAGAAAAUCAAAGGCAAAGGCACAAAGUUCAAGUAUUUGGGAAUUUUGUUGACCAGUACGGCAAAAUCAAUUGCAAAUCGUUGGAUGCUUGUAGAAAUAUCGUAUUUCAUUGAAGUAUUUUGUCUUAUUCUGAAAGAAUUUCUAUUUUUGGUUCGGAAAUUCACUCUGUAUUUAGUAUGUUCCGGGAAAAUUUCAACUUAUACUACAGUUUUGGAUAGAUUCCAGAAAUCCAUAAAAUAUCUUGGAACGCCGGGACGUCGUUUGGCUAUGUAGGGGGGAGAGCCAGGGGUAUUUAGGAUAUUUUAGGGAUUUUCAGGAACCUUCUUUAACUUUACUCUUCUUUAAUUUCAGGUCUCGUCUACGUCUACUUUCCAGAUCGAUCACGCCGAACCAAGCUCAGCCAUGACUGUUCCGAGGCAAUCGUCAACCAGCAACGUGCCAGUUCAACGCACCUGACGUCGGGACGCCGUCAACUUAUGGGAGGGGCGAGUACGGCCGGACGUGGCAACGACACGAACACCGGAAUUGACAACGUGGACAAUUGGAAUGGAAGAAUCAGUUGGUCGGAACGCGAGCCCAGCGAGCGGUCGGUUGCUGACGAGGAGUUUUGGGAGAAGAGAACUCACGUGGCGGUUGUAUUUUGUGGUUUGGUGUUUGUAGUGUUUUGGAGGAUAAAAGUGUUAUUGAAUACUUGGUUUGGCAUUGAUUUGGAGAAGGGUCAAGAGGACCGAUUGGUAUUGUGA